GGCAACAAUUGCCGCCUAACUGUCAAUGGAGAAAAACAUGUCGAUGUCGUUGGAUUAUGCGUGAUAUCUUGUUUUCUUUUUAUCGUUCCGUGAUAUUAAAAUGGCACCAGUGUCUUUCGUUUCACGGACUUGUGGGAUAUUAGUUCUUAUUAUUUUACAAGUGCAAGCUACUGAGAAUUUUACUGUUGAGCCAUGGAUACAGUCUUUCCAAGUUGAAUCGAAAUCGUGUGUUGAUAUUCGAUGUAAAUAUUUGUUAUUAGUGAACGGUGGUGAGUUUCUCGGGCAUUAUUCGUUGAGAUUAACGUCCAGUGAAGGCGCUAGAGGUAGUAAUUGUGAUAAGAUAUACCCUAAUUACGAAUUAAGAGAAAUCGAAACGUCGCAGUGGUUAACUAAAGUGGAAAUAUUUGUACCUAAAGUUAACGAGAAAUUAUAUUUUUGUUUGCGGUACACUGAUCAAAGGAAUACUCCAGUCGGUGCAAAGUGUAUCCAUCAAGGUGUUAAAUUAUUUUUGCAUCCGGAAAUCGACAGUCGUUCAUCCUUAAACGGUGCUAAUAGAUUAGAAGUGAAUAAAGAAGAAAAUAGUUUAAAAGAAUCCAGAGAAAGUUGGGUCGAUCUGUCCCACGAUACCGAUGUCAAUUAUAUACAAACGAACCGACCAAGUAGAGAUGAAGCGAAUGAUAUCGAAGUAUUUAAUGAUAGCAGAUAUGUACCUCUAAACACUUUACAAUAUAGAGAUAUAACAAAAAAUACGUAUAAAUUUAAUGAACUUAAUGAUAUUAAUGAUAUGGGCAAUACGGAACUGUUGAACGAUAGAAAGAAACGGGAAAUUAUAAGAGAUGUUAAUGUAAAUGAGAAAGACAAGGAUGGAAGUAUUGGUAACGAUGUGCUUAAGAAUGAUGGCGAUGAUAUAAUCGCUAGUCCACAGAUCGGCGAUCUCUCCAUAGUGAGGAGUACUCAGAUACCCAUUGAUUUAGAUGGUAUCAGAGUUGAAGAUUCAGAUAAGGAGCCUAAAAUUAUCGAGGAUGGUAUACCGAGUGUUCUAGCGGAUAGUAAAGUUGUACUCAGGCUCUUCGGUCAGGGUCUGAGCGAAAGAACAGUGAUAGCCUUCACGCAUGACCCUCUGCCCUACGGACAGCCUUGUAAAUUCCUUCUGAAGGGCGAGUACAUGGCAAAGGAAGGAUCCAUCACUAAAACCUCAGCACUAUUCGAAAUAACGGCACCAUCACCACUAGUAGCAUCAAAACUAUACAUUUGCGCCAAGAAUUUAAAACCGGGAAUCGAAGACCCUUCGCAGGACGAAGAUAAGUAUAUACACCAGGGCACGGAACACUGGAAGAUCUUGGCUACACACAAUAAAUUACUACCGCUGUGGGUUACGUUGAUAUUAAUCUUAAUCUGUCUAACGUUUUCUGCGCUAUUUUCCGGCCUAAACCUAGGUCUUAUGUCGUUGGAUCGGACUGAACUAAAGAUUAUAUCAAACACGGGAACUGAGCAGGAGCGAAAGUACGCAAGGGCAAUAAUGCCAGUACGAGAUCAUGGCAACUACUUGCUGUGCAGUAUUUUGUUGGGUAACGUGGCUGUGAACUCGACGUUUACGAUAUUGUUGGACGAAUUGACGUCCGGUUUGUUUGCGGUUAUAUUUUCGACGUUGGCCAUCGUACUGUUGGGCGAGAUAACGCCGCAAGCGAUAUGUUCGAGACACGGACUGAUGGUAGGGGCGAAGAGCAUCAUGAUUACGAAAGCUGUGAUGGCUCUGACCGCGCCGUUAGCGUUUCCAGUUAGCAAGCUGCUCGACUACUUUCUGGGUGAGGAGAUAGGAAACGUGUACAAUAGAGAAAGGCUGAAGGAACUCGUGAAGGUGACGACAGGCGUAAACGACCUGGACAAGGACGAGGUGAACAUAAUAUCCGGAGCGCUGGAGCUCCGCAAGAAGACGGUCUCCGACGUGAUGACGAAGCUCGAGGAUGUGUUCAUGCUGCCCAUCACCUCGGUGCUGGACUUCGAGACCAUGUCGGAGAUCAUCAAGUCUGGCUACUCCCGCAUCCCGGUGUACGAGGGGAACCGCGGCAACAUAGUGACGGUGCUGUUCAUCAAGGACCUGGCCUUCGUGGACCCCGACGACAACACGCCGCUGCGCACGCUCUGCCAGUACUACCAGAACCCCUGCAACUUCGUCUUCGAGGACGUCACCCUCGACGUCAUGUUCAAGCAGUUUAAAGAAGGUAAUAAGGGCCACAUGGCGUUCGUCCACCGCAUCAACAACGAAGGCGAGGGGGACCCCUUCUACGAGACCAUGGGGCUGGUGACCCUCGAGGAUGUCAUCGAGGAGAUGAUCCAAGCGGAGAUCGUGGACGAGACCGACGUCUUCAUGGACAAUCGUACGAAGCGUCGGCGGAAUCGUCCCCAGAACAAGUUGCAGGACUUCGCGGCGUUCGCUGAGAGACAUGAGAAUCAACGCAUCCACAUAUCUCCACAGCUCACGCUGGCCACCUUCCAGUUUCUCAGCACCAGCGUGGACGCUUUCAAGCCAGAGUCGGUAUCAGAGACGGUCCUCCGUAGGCUGUUAAGGCAAGACGUCAUACACUACAUCAAGAUCAAGGGCAAAAGUAAGAAGGAGCUCAGCACAUACGUCUACCAGCAAGGAAAGGCGGUGGACUACUUCGUGCUGGUGCUGGAGGGGCGCGUGGAGGUGACGGUGGGUCGCGAGAACCUGGUCUUCGAGGCGGGGCCCUUCACCUACUUCGGGGUGCAGGCCCUGGCGCAGAACCUCGGAGUUGCGGAGUCCCCCACGGCGUCGGCGAUGGGCUCGCUCCAGAACAUCUCCAUGGAGGCCAUGCUGCGGCCCACCUUCGUGCCCGACUACUCCGUGCGCGCCGUGGCCGACCUCUACUACCUCGCCGUGCGCAGGUCCCUGUACCUAGCGGCUAAGAGGGCCACCCUCAUGGAGAAGGGGGCGCUGUCGAAGGGCGCCACGAACGAACAGUUCGACACAGAAGUCGAUAAGCUGUUACAGUCUGUGGACGAAGAUAUAAGCAUCGGCGGCGAACACAAGACACCGUCGAGACAGGUAUCCCCAAACCCACCAGUGUCGGCAUCCCCCUUAACACGAGCAUCGUUCGCGUCGCGAACGUCACCAGAACGGAACGGAGAUAUCUUCGCUGCCAAGGAUGAGCAAGAGAAGUUACUGAAAAACUAACUUUUACUUAAAUUUAAACAUUGUUUUUCAUCUAAAUUUGAGCGCAGAAGUGUUACAAGAGAAAUUGGGGUUCGAGGGUAGUUUGUGACACUUUAGUAGUAAUUUUGCCUAAACGGGGACUUUAUACCAUUUUGUCUGAAAAUACAAGAUUGGGAUAGAGUUUUGGCAAAUUGGUUUAUGAAGAAUAAAUUAUGUUCUAGGAUUUAGUAUAUAGAAGGGGUAGUUUUGGGGGAGAAGUACCACUUGAUUUUUGGGUGGGUUUUAGCAAAAAUUCCAGUGAAAAGGACAAUUCAAACAUUGAAAAUGUCGUAUAAAUGGGUGUAAAAAUUAGUAAAAAGUAAGAACUAACUUGUCUAUAGAAGUUGUUUUACUAGUCUAUGAUACAACCCCAUCUCCCUAGAAACACGCCUAUACAUCUUGUUUAUUUACCAAAAUAUUUACAGCAAUAUUUUUUAUACAAAUUCGAUUAACACGAAAAUAAAAACGAAGAAAAUACGCGAUUGUUUUAUGAUCUUCCAAUUUCGGGCCAAAAAUUUAUUGCCAAUUUCUUCAAGACAUUCUUUUUCAGAUAUUCAUUAUGUACUAAUGAUAUUAUUUCAAGCAUUCAAGCAAUGGGAAACUUCUUUAUUUCUUACAAAAAUAACAUUCUUCACUUGAAUAGUGGGAGUUCGAAAUUGAACCGUUCGUAACGAAAACUAUCCGUUUUAUGAAUAUAGGAACUUGAUUUUAGUAUUGAAUGAGUAUAAUUUGAUAUAUGAAACUAGCUUGGACAAUACUUAAAGGGGAUAACCCAUCCCGCCCUCCCACCUAUAUUACUUAUAUAUAACUUGGCAAUUUGAAGUAAGAGAUUUACGUUUCAUACAAAUCGAUAAUUACUUACAAAUAUCAAUGUACUUAAUAAUUUAUUUAUUAAAAAUUAAAUCUCAUUAAUCGAA